AUGUUCGUACCAAUGUCUCCUCCACUUUCUGACAAGAGUCUCAAAAUCCCGUCCUGGGGUCUUGGCGCAGAUGAUGAAACAGAUCGGGGGGGAUUCAGCUGGGUUGGGAGAGUCGGGGAUGAUAAUGUCGAACCUAAAACCAUCACUAAUGACGACGCUUCGACGCUCGCGCCACGGCCUGGAAUUGAGAUUUUGAGUCAAAUCACUGUAAGGUCGAUGGAAGCAACGGACCUCAUCGAUAUUCGCAUAGCACGGCUUGUUCAGCGGUAUCGUGCUUCAAAACCUCACAACCGACCCCUCCGUCACCAUGGCCAUAACGAGAACCUUCUUAGAGUUCGGACGGCUCGCGAGCAGAAGAUAGAACAUCUUCCAUACAAGGACUCCUCGAGAUGUGGAUUCUUGUUGACACGGUUUGUCCUGUAUUGGAACGCAUAUAAGCCAUCUCACGACAACACAGUCCGCUUUCCUUCAGUUGGAGCUUGGUUAAAGCACAACCCCGGAGACAUCCUCAACGCCAGCUUUCCUGUCUGA